CCCGCCUUUUUGUGUUUCCCGCACCGUCAAUCAAAAUAGAAAAAAAAUCGACCCGAAUUCACCGAUCAACACUUAUAGCCCGCCUUUGAUAAAAUAAUCAUGUUUGGAGUUGACUUUGUCUAAUAAUGAAGCAGCUUAUACGGCCUCUCGCGCUAUGACUGGUCCGUAAACACUCGGCGGAUCGAAGCGGGCAACUAAUCGGUGAGUUUGUGCGUGUUUUUAUCUAACUAAAGCUGCACAUAAGGAGCACAAAGUAAACAGUCGAUCGGGGCCGAAAUCGCGUCACAAUCUGCGCUAUAAAAGUUGAAUCACGCAGCCAGCUCCUGUGGGACCGCACAGUGGGCAUGCUUUGCGGGCUUUUGUGGCCGGAAGGAGUGGAAGAUUACAGAGUUUUUCCGAGUUUCCCUCUCUUCUCCCCCUGCUAGCAGCCUCUGUCUCACUGAAACAAGGAGAAAUGGCGUCCGCGGACGUGGACAGCUGCAGCCAAAGCGAGUUUCUGCAGCCCGGCGGAGCCACGGAGACACAGACGACAGACAUGUCAGCCAUACAGUUGACGAGUUCAGACCGAUGGGAGGUGUUGACUCCCGUCUCCACUGGGAAAGAAGACCAGGGGAUCGUUCACAUUCCUAACUCUGGGAUCGUCACGUCCAACGGCCAGUACGUGCUUCCUCUCGGCAGUCUGCCCAGCCAGCCCAUCUACGUCACGGCGUCUGGGAACGAGGCGGCAGCCAACGGGGUGUCGGGCAUUCAGUAUCAGGUCAUCCCUCAGAUCCAGAAUGCAGACGGGACCCUGUCAGGGUUCACGCAGGGCCUGGACGACGGCACGGGGCAGAUCCAGCUGCUCCAAGAUGGCGGCCAUGGCAGCAUCGGGAUCAGCUGCGCCACGACGACGACCACGGACCUCCUGACGCAGGCGGGCCAAGUACAGUCCAUCCAGGGGGUCUCGCUAGCGGGGGGGUCGGCCUACACCAGCACAGUCGGGUUGCCCGGCAACAUCACGUUCGUCCCCAUAAACAGCGUGGACCUGGAGUCUCUAGGGCUGACGGGGGCGCACACGGUCCCCAUCGCCACCGGGGUGACGGCUGAGGGUCAGCUGAUCAUGGGGGGCCAGACGCUGGACAAUCAGGGGCAGGACGGCGGCGCCAAGCAGCCGCUGGUGGCGGUGAGCGGCACCAACCAGGAACUCUACGUGCCAACCAGCUCCUCCAACGCCAACCCCUCCAACCUACCGGAGACCAUCGACGGCACCGGGGUCCUGACCCAGGCCACCGCCGUGUCCGCAGGCGUCUCAGACCCCUCCUCGGAGAACUACAACUCCCAGAACCACCUGCAGCAGAUCCAGGUGUCCACCUCUAACGCCACCACCAUCUCUCAGCCCAUCCUGCAGCUGUCUGGGGACCAGGCCCAGGUGGCUGCUGGUCAGGACCUGAACGCAGCAGGUCAGACUCUGCAGAGCGUGCAGCUGGUGAACCCGGGGACCUUCCUCAUCCAGGCCCAGACCGUCACCGCUACCGGACAGAUCCAGUGGCAGACCUUCCAGGUUCAGGGUGUCCAGUCCCUUCAGGGGCUCCAGCUGCCCCAGGGGCAGGGCCAGGCCCAGCAGCUGACCCUGGCCCCGGUCCACACCCUCCCUCUGGGCCAGAGCGGCCAGGUCAACCUGCCCAACCUGCAGACCGUCACCGUCAACUCUGCAGUCCAGACCGGAGUCCAGUACACACAGGAGAACGCCAACAGUCCCGCCGGUAUCCAGAUAAAGGAGGAGCCGGACUCCGAGGAGUGGCAGCUGAGCGGGAACUCCACGCUGAACCCCAGCGACCUCAACAACCUGCGUGUUCAGAUGGCCGACGAGGACAUGGAGACGCAGGGCGGCGAGGGGAAGCGGCUCCGCAGGGUCGCCUGCACCUGCCCCAACUGCAAGGAGUCAGGAGGAAGAGGUUCGGGUAUGGGGAAGAAGAAGCAGCAUAUCUGCCACAUUGUGGGCUGUGGGAAGGUUUACGGCAAGACGUCUCACCUGCGAGCUCACCUGCGCUGGCACAGCGGGGAGAGACCCUUCGUCUGCAACUGGAUGUUCUGCGGGAAAAGAUUCACCAGGAGCGACGAGCUGCAGAGACACAGGAGGACACACACAGGGGAGAAGAAGUUUGUGUGCACGGAGUGCUCCAAGCGGUUCAUGCGGAGCGACCACCUGGCCAAGCACAUAAAGACUCACCAGAAUAAAAAAGGCGGGGUUUCCUCCACGCCGCCGCCCACCACCGACGCCGUCAUCACCGCCGACGGCACCACGCUCAUCCUGCAGACCGCCCCGCACGACCUCGUAGCCAAUCAGGAGAUCCCUCUGCAGCUGGUCACCGUGGCGACCGGAGAGGUGAUGGAAUGAGAGGCUGAGUGAGGUGGUUUUUUUGUUGAGAACUGGCCUAUCACAGGGACCUCUUGGGCUUUUCUCUUUCCCCUCUUACCUUUUUUUUGUUUUUGUUUUUUACAUAUGAAUAUAUACGUAAAUAUAUAUGACAAAUAUAUAUAUUUUAAGUAAGAGUUAUCAUGACUUUAUGUUUGUUUUUUGCAGUCUUUUUAUAGGCGGGCAAAAAAAAUAACAUUAAAAUGUGGUUGCUAUAUACACACGCAUAAACACACUGACACACACACACACACACACAUGCAUUAACACUCAACACGCCACAUGAAUACUCAACACGAUGAAAUGCCUUAUUUUGUAUCAUACUCUUGUAUAAAAUGCUGGAGGUGCAUGUGUUUUUUUUAAGCUUUGCAGAUGAUGUAACUGUAACGGAGAUAAAAUGUGUUUGUGAUAUGGA